AUGGCAGCUCCUCGCUCAAGUUCUUUGCGUGCUCUGCGUCUGCUCUCGCAGCACCAUUCUGCUACCCUCCCCUGCGCUCGCCGGGGUCUGCACAUCACCGUUGUCCACUCGGCGCAACCGGCAAAUGUCUCCGACCGAGCCUCUCUGUACUCCAGCCGCACCAUUACUGAUCUCAAAAGUGAGUGUCACAAGCGCUCCCUGAGAAGCAGCGGCACGCAAGCCGAGCUUGUUGAGCGUCUUCAGAACCACGACUUCCUCCAAUCCCGCGCCUUCAGCAUUGCCAUGCGCCGCAUCAGCGGCAAUGCCAUUGCAGAGGAAACCCACAGCCGUCAGUUCAACACUUCCCGGUCUAUGAAGGCCGUGGGUGACUCAUCGACGGUCGACUUCGCCUACAUGCCCUCACUGGCGGAGCUCGAUGGCCCGGCCGCUCGCGCCGAUCCGCAAUUCCCGAUUGUCCCCGACUUCUACUCCCACCAGAGCGCAGCCCCGGCAGAUUCCCCCAUGAAGCCCCAGAUCUACACCGUCUCCGGCGGGGCGGCUGAUGUCUCCGCCAGUCCGAUGACGGAGGUCGUCGACAACCACUCGGUGGACAUCGAUCCAUUCUCGCUGACGGAGGCGGUGGGUAAGUCCCGUUUUGGGGCGGAGUCGACAACCCAACAGAAGGAGCCGGGGGUGUUCCGCGAGCUGUGGACUGGUGUCGUGGAUGACAUCUUAGGUAGACAGCCGGCUGUUGUCAGGAAAUGA